AUGUCGUCCCCAUCCCCGAACGUUGACUCUGCAUCAUCAUCUCCCAAGGUUGAUUCCUCAGCACAAUCCCAACAAGACUCGACCCAAAGCACACUCCAGCAACUCUUUGGCGGCUUGUGCAAGCAGAAGCUCUUAGAAGAAGUUGAUAAGCUCAAGGAAGCUGUCCAGAAAGACGACCCGCAGAAAGUCAUCAUGUCUUUACCCAUGCUUCUCGCUUUGACUGUCUGCCCGGCCAUGCUGGGUACGCAAGAAGCUAUCAGACAGUCUCAGGCAAAGACGAAGCGUGAAGAACAUCGUGGCCGACGCUGCAACUUAGUUGUUUCUUGUGUCAAGCCCAGUAUCAGGUCUCGAGAUAUCAACAACAAACUUGUUGUCUUGAAAGAUUCAAAGCUUUAUAUCGCCAAUGAGCACCCACUAUACAACCAUGAUCCUAAAAACAAUGUCAGCAAAGGCUACGCCUUUUCAGGAUACUUCCUCCCCUUCCCAGACACAGAGUACGAGGGUCUCGUCACUACUAUCAGUGAUGACCCUCCUUUCUUGAACUGGAUCUACAUUGACAAGAAGACAUAUGAAGUCAAGUACGGCGUUCGUGCCGACACAGAGGGCCACAUCACUGGCCCAUUUGACUGCACCAAGCAAGACCGUCGUAUGACCUGUGAGGGCUGGGAGGGCUUCUGCGCUGUCGAAGAACUCCCCGGCAUCUGGGCUCUCUACUACGACCGCGACGAUGAUGGCCUAAAGUCAAAGGUCGCCAUGGGGACUCGCGUGCUAGAAGUAGAGCUCACCAGGCGAGAGAAAAAGGAGCCCAAGCCUGUAGGAGAACCCGAACAGCCCAUGACCAUGGAUGAGAAGAUGAAGCAGCACAAAGAGCAAACCGCCAAAGACGAGGCCGACCGUGCCGCAUUUGUCGCAACUGGUCGUCAUCCCGGCGCUGAGCCACCUUCCCCAGCUUAUAAGCCUGAGCAGAAGAAGAACGGGCUCUUAGAUCCGGACUCUAAGGAAGCUAAGCGCCAGCGUAUCGCCGAUGCCCUGAGCCGCCUGAACAUUGAUAGCCCCACCAAGAGUGAGGGAGGGUCAGAUGGAAGUAUCUUGACGAGUCUGAGCCAGGACUUCUCAAUCUUCUCAAUGGCCAAGAAGUUGACUGGGGAUGAGGGCGGUACAGUGGCUAGUUCAGUUUGGGAGCCAGAGAAAGAGAAGGAUAAGAACCACAAGAAGAACGAUUCUACAAGCGAGGCGGGAUCGUACAGGAAGGCUACCGUUGAAGAUGCUACAUCAUAG